AUGGCGCAGGGGCUCAUCGAGGGCGGGCUCCGCUCCAGGAUCCAGCCCCUGGUCCGUGUCUUCGUCCUGGACCAAGCACGCGGCUGCACGGAGGGUUCCGAGAUCGAAAAGGUCCUCGCGUUCUUCCCGGAGUCCUCGCCACGCGACGUGGUUCUGUCCACGGUGGGCUUCGUGAGCGCCCUGCUGUCUUUCACGGACGUCUUCGUGCCAGCGCCGACCGCCGACGACUCAAAAACGAUCCAGACGGCGAACUUCACGUGGGUCGCGGUGCGCGUCGAGCCGCACUCCACCGUCUGGAUGUGCGCCGCGCUGCGCCGCGACUGGCGCCCCUGCGGCCUGCCCUGCGACCCGCCCGCCAUCGUAGCUUGGCUCCGUCAGGUGUACGCGACGUUUCGUCUGCUCCACCGCCCAGCGCCGCUCCUGGCCAGGACGGGGCGCGGCGGGCACGCGACGUGCUGCGCGGCCCUCCAGGCGCUGCUCAACCGCUUCGCCGUCGAGCUGCUCGAGAGACCCCCCCCUGACACCGCGCCGCGCAAGGGGGUCUCUUUCGGGGUCUCGCCCGCACUGCACGCGCCGUCCGCGCGCCGCACCUUCGCGGAGAUGUGGCAUCCGCUCGGCCGCAGCGCCGGCGUGCCCUUCCUCCAGAUGCGCCACAACACGUCGCUGCAGGUCGGGGCGUUGAUCGCCGCCCUCCUGGCGCUACCCGACGUGCCAACGGUGGGCGCCGUCGCGCUGCACGAGGGCUACGUGCUCGCGUCCACGGUCGGGCCGGAGGACACGGGCGCGCUGUACCGGCUCGCGGCGGGCCCGGCGGCGGCGCUGCUCAAGGGGGGGGGUCCUGCGCUGGCGUCAGGGCUGGUGCCGCGGCGAGCGGGUGGCGUGGAGGGCGACAGAAGCGGCAUGCCGUCGCUGCUGCGGAGGUUCAUGGCGUGGUCGGUGCCGUCGGCCGCCGCCGAGGCCACGCCUGACGUGGACCUGACAGACACCCCCCUCGAGUCAGCGCUGCCGUCGCGGAACCCGACGGCGCACAGCGGCGAGCACGGCGGCCACGGCAGCGGCCUCGCGUUCCGCCGCGCGUCGCUGACGCUCGGCAACACCGCCGACGGCACCCAGGGGGGGGUCACCGAGCCUGACACCCCCACCCUCUUCCGCCUGGCAGGCCAGCAGCGCCACGACGACGCGCGGGCCAACGGCCGCCCGCCGGCGCCCCGCCGGCCGCUCGCGGAGGCCUGGUGCAGCCUCGAACACCCCCUGCGCGCCCUGAGUUCUGCCUGUUGGGAGCCGUGGGGGGGGUCCUGCGUCGCCGGAGUCAGCACUGGGCGCGAGGCGGUGGUGCGGACGCACGCGGGGCCGCAGGUGCCGCCGUGGGGGGGCCUGCGGUCGGCGUUCGGGUCCGCGGGCGAGGACGCGGUGACUUCGAGGGACGUGUCGUUCCGAGAUCGGGGAAACCAGUCUUGCGACCUCGGCGAGAGCCUGGCGGCGCGGAGGCUGCUGCUGCCGCUGCACGUGUGGCUGAAGCACCCCGCGCGAGGGGCGCGCAGGGGUGGCGAUGCGGGGACCGCCAGGGGUGGUGAGCGGCAGACGCAGAGCUGGACUGGGGCCGCGAGUGAGGCCGGGGAGGGCGAAGCCGCACAGGGCCACGUGGCGGGGCUGCGUCAGGACCUGCGGCGCGCCUCGCUGGUGCCCGUGCGCUGCGGGCGGUCGCUGGUGAUUCUGCUGCUCGUCGAGGGCCACGUGCUGCUCGGCGCCGAGGACGUGGCGGCCAUUCAGGCGGAGAGCGAGCGCUACGCCGACGCGGUGGACGCCGCGCUGGCGGGCGAGGUCCCCGGGCACGACCACUGGCACGUCCCCGGUUACCGCUACCACCACCACGACCCCUCCCAGGGCAUCCGGCAGGCGACGCCGUGGCACCGCGUCCGCGACGUGCCCCUCGCGGCGGCGCGGCACCUGCAGCGCGUGGCGGCGUCGGCGCGGGAGGCGAAGCGCGGGCAGGGGGGGGGGAGUGUUGCGGUGUUCGCGACGGGGCCGGGCGGGCGGCCGUGGGCGUCGUGCUGCCUAGGGCUGGCCGGGGAGGAGACGCGCGUGUGCCUGACUGCGGCGCCGGAACCCGACCGGGUGGACGGGCUGGCGUGGUCGGUGCAGAGGCUGAAAAGGGAUGCGCUGGCUUUUGUGCCUGGCGCGCCGGGGACGUGA